CCCUUCAAAAAACAUUCUUGAAGGCUUAUCGAACAAUUAAUUGGUCAGGGCAUUAGUAAUUUUAAAUGAGGCAAAAAUAAUGUUUUAAUAAAUUAUCGGAAAAGAUCGGUUUCGACACCAAACCAUAAUGGCGAAAGCCGUUUGAAAUCUGUGGUCUUCAGAAAAACAGCUUUGAUAGCAUGUCAUGUUGCGUUGUUGACAAUUUUAGCAAUCCUUUUAAUUUUUCUUUUUUAUUUUAUUUUCCCGCUUUAAUUAUUAACUCUAAUGUCCCCAAGCGAUGGAGUUACAAAAAAAUCUGAGUGUUCUAAAGGUGCGUUAUUGGAGACUAGUGCUACAGACACUUCUUUCGAGGAUUGGGAAGAUAUACCGCCCGAAAAAGGUUUCCUGGGUUUCGAGAAAGUGCCUCUGGUUCGCGUUGCUCGUUACGACAUAACUCCGUACUUGAAAACCUCCGCUGCAUCCAUCAAGGACUGCCGGAUUCGAAGUGUAGAUACAUUAGAAAAACAUAUACACAAAUUGACAGCUUUGUGUUCGGUUCAAAUAGCAAAACAGGACAUCGGUAACUUGAAGAGAGGAAUUCUAUCAAAAAAAUUACGUAGGAGCACCUCUUCAUCAUCAUCGGACGGCGAAAAAGACGCCAUGACGAGCGUCAAUUGUAAAACUUGUGGUAAACUGUAUUCCAACGAAAAAAAACUACGAAAACACCAGGAAAAUAAACAUAUUGUGUUUAAAAACUAUAGCAAACCUCAGAAAAAGGUGUCGUUUUCCGACCAUGUCAUUAUACAUGAGGUCAAAGAGUACCACAAGUGUAGGAAGUGUCCGAAGAUCUUCAUUGACUACAAAUUUCUCAAGACUCAUAUGAAACAGCUGCAUAAAAAGAGAAAAUGUUACAUCUGUAACUAUUGCAAUAAGAAAUUCGUUGACCGCUUGUUCUUUAAAAUCCAUAUUAAACUGCACUGCGAUGUCUGCGGACUGUUGCUACGUAACAAAUAUGAUUAUAAUGAGCAUAGACGGAACGUAUGUAGAGUAUUGAAACGCCAUAAAUGCCGUACCUGUAAUGAAGAGUAUUUCAAAUUUAUGGACUUGAAAGAUCAUAGUUACGAACAUAUCACUACGUGUUACGUCUGUGAUGUGUGUAAAGAUCAGUUUGAAACGAAGUGUGCUAUAUCACAUCAUUUGGCUUUCUUACAUUCAAAUAAUAGACCUACUACGUUGUUUGAUAUGCGUACACUUGGUAAAGAGAGAUUGUACUUAUGUAACUUCUGUGAUGAAAGCUCCGUAGAACGUGCUGUUUUAGAGAAACACGUACAAUCAUUACCGGAUCUCUCAAGUAAAGCAAUGACCGGAUACAAAGACUAUUACUUCUGUGACCAAUGUCUUAAAAAAUUUGAUACGGAAACCGAUAUGAUGCAGCACAAAUGGUCGCAUUACUUAAAAACAAGCGAUAAUUCACAAGAACGGAUAUCCAAUAAGAUGAAGACUACGUACAAGUACGGAGAACCAAUACCAGAUUAUAUGCAGCCUUUGUUGGUAUUGGAAAGAGUGAAAGUACCGCAGAGGGUUAUGACACCAGAGGUUGCGGUGGACGAUACUGCUGGUACGGAACCUGAAAAAAAAGUGGAUAGGCCAGCACCACUCAAUAUGGAAGAUGUUGUAGCAAUUAUUGGAGAGAGCGGAGAAAUAAAGAAGCCUAUCGUUGAUCCAAGGAGUAAAAAGACUAUUAUCUCCAAAUUUCAAUGUGUGACUUGCGGCAAAUAUUACUCAUCAAAUUACUGUUUGAACCGUCACAUCGAAACGCAACACUCGAAUUACGAGAGCUUACAAUGCAGCGUUUGCGAAGAAAUCUUUGUAUGGCCCUCUCUCUUGAAAACCCACAAAUGUAUCCGUCUGAACCACCCAGAAAUGCCUUUUGAGGAUGCGAGACCAGAAAUACACUUUGAAAACCUCCACGAGGUCUCCCAAAGUGGUUUCGACGAUUUGAGUAUAGGAGAGAAUGAGGAUUACAUGAAUAAUGUCGAUUUUGAGAUCCCUGCGCCCGUGGUCGAGUUGAGAGAGUAUGAUAGUUUCACCGCUCAAGAUGAAUUCGCACCGUUACAUAAUUUAGGAUAUAAAAUUAUUGUGCAAGAAGUACCUAUAGAGUUUUAAGUGUUUGUGUGUUGUCAUGGCAACGGCGGUUGGAUCAGUGAAGUGAGUUGUUUAUAGUAUGGUUACAUUAAGCGAGAAUCCAGUCAUGAUGUGUGAAAAUGACGGGCCUGUUGGUCUAGUGGUUAGUGACCCUGACUGCUAUACCGGAGAUCGUGGGUUAAAAACCACCUA